AUGUCCGUGCUCCGCUCUGCACUCCGUUCGUUGCUCUGCCCGCAAUUUUCCUGCGUCGACGAAUCUCCCCAGCAGCCCGUCCAACUCAAAUGCGGCCGCGUCCUCUGCCGAACUUGUUGGGAUCGUCGCCACCGUCGCCAGCCCGACCCCGCUGACCCGGUGUCGUGCUUUUCCCAGCCGGUAACUCCGCAUUUGUUGAUGGGUCUAAUCUCCGAGCUCGGCUUCCAUCGCGCCCAAUUCUCGAAGCAGACCCGAAAGUUAACCGGCAUUUGGGUGCCGCCACGACCCCAAGAAUUGGCAUCUUUGCAUUGCGGCGUGUGCGAGGAACUCUAUGAAGCCGACGUGGGAGCUUCAUCGAAGAACAAGCAGGCUUGUCUGCUGACCUGCGGGCAUGAUAUGUGCAAAGGAUGCUAUGUGAAGCAGCGCGUCUCCGAACGACGGGGAAUUCUGCCCUUUUUGCGCGGUGCCUCAAAGUUCUAUGGCGUUUGGUGCCGAUCGUGUCGGGCAGAGGUGCCCGGAAAUCCGUCGGACCCCGGUUUCUCGCUUGCCAAUGUGGUGAUCACCGAGAUCGACGAGCUGCGGAAGCUGCUCAGAACAUCGACUUCGAAACUCUGCCCCGUUGAAGCGGAAACGCCUUUGCAGCCUGAGACCUUGGAUCUGCACUCAAAGUUUUGUGGCGCUCGAUGCGCGGGCACUGCGACGCCCCAGACGAGGCCGGAAAGCGCCACGAGGUUGAGACGAAUCGGGCGCAACGGCGCCAAGACGUUCAUCAACAAGAAGGCGGCCACACUACGGCGCAGGACGGCGUCGGUGGCAAAAAAGUUGCUG